AGCGAAUAUAUAGCUGAUCGACACAAGUUGAAAUGUCCGAUGAGGCAUCCGCCUGGUGAUGAAAUAUAUCGUGACAAAGCUAUUUCAAUCUUUGAAGUAGAUGGGAGAAAAAAUAAGAUAUAUUGUCAAAAUCUUUGCCUUUUAGCAAAGAUGUUUCUUGAUCAUAAAACACUUUAUUAUGAUGUAGAGCCAUUUCUUUUCUAUGUGAUGACAGAAUCAAACGACACGGGAUGCCAUUUUGUGGGAUAUUUCUCAAAGGAAAAACGCUCUCCAUUGAACUACAAUGUAUCAUGCAUCCUUACUCUCCCCAUUCAUCAGAGAAAAGGAUAUGGGAAUUUAUUGAUUGAGUUUA